GAAUUUGGUGCCUACUAGCUACUACGUUCAAAUGGGAAACCAAACAAGCAAAAAGCCACAGGAUGCAUCGGCUAAGAGCGUGCACUACACGACGGAGCUGAGAUCUUACGAGGCUGCGUGUAAAGCAGACACGGAGCUUCAAUCUUUCGACACGUGUUUGCAAGCACGGACGAGUCACGUGAUAAGCACGCUAGCUACGGGAGUUGAGGUUCGAGCGCUCUCGUUCGAUUCCUUGAAAGAAGUGACGCAGUGUUUGUUGGAGAUGAACCAAGAAGUUGUGAAAGUGAUAUUGGAUUGCAAGAAAGACAUAUGGAAGAAUCAAGAAAUGUUUGAGCUCGUCGAAGAUUACUUUGAGAACAGCUUGAAGACGCUUGAUUUUUGUGCUGCUUUGGAGAAAGGCUUGCAACGAGCUCGUGAAAGUCAUCUUUUGAUUCUUGUUGCUCUUCAGCAGUUUGAAGAUGAGAGCCUUGUUCAAGUUUCAUAUUGUCUUGUCCUAANGACGGUGCUGAGAUCUUACGAGGCUGCGUGUAAAGCAGACACGGAGCUUCAAUCUUUCGACACGUGUUUGCAAGCACGGACGAGUCACGUGAUAAGCACGCUAGCUACGGGAGUUGAGGUUCGAGCGCUCUCGUUCGAUUCCUUGAAAGAAGUGACGCAGUGUUUGUUGGAGAUGAACCAAGAAGUUGUGAAAGUGAUAUUGGAUUGCAAGAAAGACAUAUGGAAGAAUCAAGAAAUGUUUGAGCUCGUCGAAGAUUACUUUGAGAACAGCUUGAAGACGCUUGAUUUUUGUGCUGCUUUGGAGAAAGGCUUGCAACGAGCUCGUGAAAGUCAUCUUUUGAUUCUUGUUGCUCUUCAGCAGUUUGAAGAUGAGAGCCUUGUUCAAGGUGGGAACGGAUACAAGAAGACACUUGAAGAGCUAAAGAAUUUCAAAGAUGCGGAGAGUCCUUUCAACGAAGACUUCUUCAAAAUGUUCCAAUCUGUUUACAAACAACAGAUGGUGAUGCUUGAGAAGCUUCAGCUUCGUAAGAACAAGCUUGACAAGAAGCUCAAGUGCAUCCAUACAUGGAGGAAGCUCUCCAGCAUCAUCUUUGUGGCUACUUUCGCUACUGUGCUCAUCUGCUCUGUUGUGGCUGCAGCUAUGGCAGCUCCUCCUAAAGCAGACACGGAGCUUCAAUCUUUCGACACGUGUUUGCAAGCACGGACGAGUCACGUGAUAAGCACGCUAGCUACGGGAGUUGAGGUUCGAGCGCUCUCGUUCGAUUCCUUGAAAGAAGUGACGCAGUGUUUGUUGGAGAUGAACCAAGAAGUUGUGAAAGUGAUAUUGGAUUGCAAGAAAGACAUAUGGAAGAAUCAAGAAAUGUUUGAGCUCGUCGAAGAUUACUUUGAGAACAGCUUGAAGACGCUUGAUUUUUGUGCUGCUUUGGAGAAAGGCUUGCAACGAGCUCGUGAAAGUCAUCUUUUGAUUCUUGUUGCUCUUCAGCAGUUUGAAGAUGAGAGCCUUGUUCAAGGUGGGAACGGAUACAAGAAGACACUUGAAAAGCUGAAGGAUUUCGAAGACGCACAGAAUCCUUUUGGCGAAGACUUCUUCAACAUGUUCCAAUCUGUUUACAAACAACAGAUGCUAAUGCUUGAGAAGCUUCAGCUUCGUAGGAACAAGCCCGACACAUGCUCCAGCAUCAUCUUCGUGGCUACCUAUGCCACGGUGCUCAUCUGCUCUGUUGUGGCUGCGGCUAUGUCCGCUCCUCAUGUGGCUCCGGGUCUCGCUGCUCCAGUGCCACUCGGUACCAUGGGGAAAUGGAUCGACUUGCUGUGGAAGAACUAUGAGAAAGCACUCAAAGAACAUAAAGACGUGAUCACUUCGAUGCAGCCAGGGACAUAUCAAUGGCUUUAA